GCUUUAGUGUAGUCAUCGAUGUCUUUGUGACAAUAUUGUGUUUUUUGUGUAUCUUGUGAUUAUUAUUGUGUCUGUACGUUAUGAUCGCCCGCUGGAGAAAUGACGUGGGUUUGUAGAGUUGUGUCGUCACGCAUGUGCGCGCAUGAUUUGUGUACGCGCAGGGCAGUGAUGGAUGAGAUGAGCGCCGCUGGAGUCGCUUAUAAUCAGGAUUUAACACAUAAGACCAUCCUGGUGGGAGACAGCGGUGUGGGGAAAACAUCUCUGCUUGUUCAGUUUGAUCAGGGGAAAUUUAUCCCUGGAUCUUUUUCUGCCACAGUGGGGAUCGGAUUUACGAAUAAAGUUGUGACAGUAGAUGAGCUGAAGGUGAGAUUACAGAUCUGGGACACCGCGGGGCAGGAGAGAUUUCGCAGCGUCACACAUGCAUACUACAGAGAUGCUCAAGCGCUUCUCUUGCUGUACGACAUCACCAGCAGAUCUUCAUUUGAUAACACACGGGCGUGGCUAACAGAGAUUCACGAGUAUGCUCAGGAUGAUGUGGUGAUUAUGUUGAUUGGUAACAAGACGGACAUGUCCAAUACAAGAGUGAUCAGACGGGAAGAUGGAGAGAAACUGGCCAGAGAGUUUGGUGUCAUUUUUCUGGAGACCAGCGCUAAAACCGGACUCAAUGUGGAUCAGGCUUUUAUAACUGUAGCCAAGGAGUUGGUGAGACAAUCUGUACAGAUGCCCGUCCAACCCAGAUUUUACCUCCAUGACCUGAUGGAGCCAGAGAAAGAGACUUCAGGCUGCUGUGGGUUUAACUAGAACAAAUGAGAUGAGAUCGAGGUAUUUCAACAUUCAAAGAGAUCUCACGCUUACUAACAUGAGAUUUGUGUUAAAAAUAAUGCCAAAUGCAAAGACAACCAGCAGAUGGUGCUGUAGUGCAGAGUAAUGUUUACUGGAGACUUUAUGCAGUAUUAAUGAAAACUUAAAAACUUUGAUUCAUAUUGAGUGACAGAAGAGCCAAACCUAUAUUUUAUUCUUUACUUAUAUUUAAAUCAAAUGACAUGAUGUCACAGGAACCACUGAAGAGUCAAACAUACCCAGGCCAGAAUAAAGCACCUGGUGGUUAUAUAGGAGCACAUUAUGAGCAUCAGAUGGCAGUAAAGCUUUAAUUCUCUAUUGAAGCUUCAUGUUUACAGCUGCAUGUCUAUAUUGAUGAUGAUGAUGAUGAUGAUGAUAUUCUUAUUCCUUUAGUGAACAAACGCUGACAGUGCGUGUAAAUGAAUGAUGCAAAUGUAAUUAAUUUUCCUUUAGAUUAUUUUAGGGAUCAGUUAAAGUUGUAUGUGAGCGCUGUAACGGAUAUCCACAGAUUUUCCUGCUGUAAACUCUUUACAUUAUGAUGCAGAAUAGCAGCUGUGUUAACAGAUAAAUGAAUUUUUAUGUGCUGCAUUUGAAUCUCAGGAUAUUUACUGGGAAUAUUUAAAGAGCUCAGAUGUAAAACCCACUUAAUGCAUCUGGAAUGAUUGAUGAGAGUCUUAAAGCAACACUAUGUAGUUUCCAUGUAAAAAUGACUUACAGCUCCCCCAUGUGGUUGAAAAGCGUAACAGUGCCUGGUAUCAGACACUCUUCUGCAGGCAGGGGGAGGGGCCUGGCUGUGUUUCCUACCCUCCACCGCCACUUUCAGAGUGUGCUUGUAGCAGCUAGGAGGCUGCUCAGGUUUCAGCAACAGUACAAUUUGUCCAGUUAAAAGUUGUUCUAUCACUGAAAUAAUUUUAGAGAAAUUGUUUAAAGGUAAAAAAACUACAUAGUGUUGCUUUAAAGGAGCAUUUCACCCGUAGAAACAUUCAUCUUUAUUGAAAGUGCGUCAUAUUUGUGGUCGAAAUGUAACAUACAUUUAGAAUUUGGUGCCUAUUUGACUGAGAAAAGGGGUGUUUGUAGUCUCACUCCCUAAACAAAGAUAUAGCACUUCCUUCUUUCAAUGAUGCAAAAUGAUGAUUUUUACAUCAUUGAAAGAAGGAAGUGCAACACUGAAAUCUGUAUUUCUCCUGUCUCAGUGGCAACUGAGGAAAUGAUGCAUUACCAUUCAAAAACAUGACUGCGGUUCUAACUAUACAAAGCCUAAUGCAAAUGGGUGAAGUGUCCCUUUAAUAAAUUCAGCCUAAAACCCAGUAUUUCUGAAUGGCCUUAGGCCGGGAUUAAGCGGAUUUGAAGGAAAAGUAUUUGAUGAAGGUAUAAUAUGUACCGAGAGCAUUGGGUUAAUAUCAUCAUCUCAUUUUUGACGGAAAUGACAUUUAGUGUUUUUGCAUCUGAGCUCUUCAUUUAUACACCAUUAGAAGCUCUAAAAUACUGCAAAUAUAUCAAAGGAAAUAUGCAUUUUUCUCCUUAGCUAGAUUAUUAAGAUUGAAUGAUUCAGAAUUACUGUUUGCAUUUGGAUUAUUAAUAUUAGCUGAUGUUUUAUGAUAAUAUAUAUCGAGAGAGGUUGUGAUUAUUCUGCCUGUGUGUUUUAUUUCAACAGAUAUAUUAAGAUGAUUUUAAUCAGAUUUUAUUAUCAAAGUAUUUUGUGUUUGUUUUUCCCUCUAAUCAAACUCCAGUAUCGGUUUUCCUGAAAUGAAAACACUUUGCACAAUUUUGUGUCGAUGUCCUCAGGUCUUUUCCUGUUUGACUUUGUAAAAUGCUUAGAAAAAGUUAUAAAAUAAUCAGUUGUGUCAA